CACGGCUGUUCCUGAGCCCGUCCCUCGGGCUCUGCUCCUCGCGGUAAUCCCGCGGCGGGCUCGGGCCUGGCCGCGCUCGGUUUGUUUAAUCCACGGCUCCGUCCCCGCUCGGCCCAGCGCCCGCCCCCGGCACCUCCCCUCCGGGGCGGGCGGCGCAGUGCGGAAGGAAGGAAGGAAGGGAGGAAGGACGCGGGCCGGGAGGAAGCGGAUCCCGCCGGUCCGCGGCACCGGGCGGGGCGGCCGGGCGGGCGCACGGGCUGCCCGUGGUGAGGCACGAUGGCUUUCAGCAAAGGGUUCCGAGUGUAUCACAAGCUGGACCCGCCUCCCUUCAGCGUGAUGGUGGAGACCAGGAGCAGAGAGGAAUGCCUCAUGUUCGAGUCCGGAGCCGUGGCUGUCCUCUCCUCUGCAGAAAAAGACACCAUCAAGAGCACCUACUCCAAAGUCAUGGACGCGUACGGGCUCCUGGGCGUGUUGAGGUUAAACCUCGGGGACACGCUGCUGCACUACCUGGUGCUGGUGACGGGGUGCAUGUCCGUGGGGAAGAUCCAGGACUCGGAGGUGUUCCGGGUCACCUGCACCGAGUUCGUGUCGCUGCGCGCCGACCCCACGGACGAGGAUCGCGUCUCCGAGGUGCGCAAGGUGCUCAACUCGGGCAGCUUCUAUUUCGCCUGGUCUGCCACCGGGGUCAGCUUGGACCUGAGCCUCAGCGCCCACCGCAGCACGCAGGAGCACGCCACUGACAACAGGUUCUUCUGGAACCAGUCCCUGCACUUGCACCUGAAGCACUACGGGGUGAGCUGUGACGAGUGGCUGCUGCGGCUCAUGUGUGGAGGGGUGGAGAUCAGGACCAUCUACGCGGCCCACAAGCAGGCCAAGGCCUGCCUGAUCUCCCGGCUGAGCUGCGAGCGGGCCGGCACCCGCUUCAACGUCCGCGGCACCAACGAUGACGGCCACGUGGCCAAUUUCGUGGAAACAGAGCAGGUGAUCUAUUUGGAUGACUCUGUGUCAUCUUUCAUACAGAUUCGAGGAUCUGUUCCUUUAUUUUGGGAGCAGCCAGGCCUGCAGGUGGGAUCCCAUCGUGUCAGGAUGUCAAGGGGUUUCGAGGCGAAUGCACCAGCUUUUGACAGGCACUUCCAAACACUUAAAAAUUUAUAUGGCAAGCAAAUUAUUGUAAAUUUACUUGGGGCAAAAGAAGGGGAGCACAUGCUCAGCAAAGCCUUCCAGAGCCAUUUGAAAGCAUCUGAACAUUCAGCUGAUAUCAAAAUGGUGAACUUUGACUAUCAUCAGAUGGUUAAAGGUGGAAAGGCAGAAAAACUACACAGCGUGCUUAAACCUCAAGUCCAGAAGUUCUUGGAGUGUGGAUUUUUUUAUUUUGAUGGGAAGGAAGUGAAAAGGUCCCAGAGCGGCACUGUCAGGACCAACUGCCUGGACUGCCUGGACAGGACCAACAGCGUGCAGGCCUUCUUGGGCUUGGAGAUGCUGACCCAGCAGCUGGAGGUGUUGGGCCUGGCUGAGAAGCCUCAGUUAGUGACUCGCUUUCAGGAGGUUUUCCGAUCCAUGUGGUCUGUCAAUGGUGAUUCUGUCAGUAAAAUCUAUGCUGGAACUGGAGCCCUUGAAGGAAAAGCAAAGGCUGGGAAGCUGAAGGAUGGUGCUCGUUCUGUGACCAGAACGAUCCAAAAUAACUUUUUUGAUAGCUCCAAGCAGGAGGCCAUUGAUGUUUUGUUAUUGGGAAAUACCCUAAAUAGUGAUUUAGCAGAUAAAGCACGGGCUCUCUUAACCACCAGCAGUUUACGCGUUUCAGAGCAGUCAUUGCAAUCAGCAUCUGUAAAAGUGCUGAAGAGCAUGUGUGAGAACUUCUAUAAGUAUGCCAAACCCAAGAAGAUCCGAGUGUGUGUUGGGACGUGGAAUGUCAACGGGGGGAAGCAGUUCCGGAGCAUUGCCUUCAGAAAUCAAACCCUCACUGACUGGCUGCUGGAUGCACCCAAGCUGGCUGGAAUCCAUGAAUUCCAAGAUCGCAAAAACAAACCUGUGGACAUAUUUGCCAUUGGAUUUGAAGAAAUGGUGGAGUUAAAUGCAGGAAACAUUGUGAACGCCAGCACCACGAACCAGAAGCUGUGGGCUGCAGAGCUGCAGAAGACCAUCUCCAGGGAUUACAAGUACGUGCUGCUGGCCUCGGAGCAGCUGGUGGGUGUCUGCCUCUUCGUGUUCAUCAGGCCCCAGCACGCUCCCUUUAUCAGGGACGUGGCUGUGGAUACUGUCAAGACUGGCAUGGGAGGAGCCACGGGGAACAAAGGCGCCGUGGCCAUUCGGAUGCUGUUCCACACCUCCAGCCUCUGCUUUGUGUGCAGUCACUUUGCUGCAGGGCAGUCCCAAGUCAAGGAGAGAAAUGAAGACUUUGUAGAAAUUUCUCGCAAGCUUGGUUUUCCGAUGGGAAGGAUGCUCUUUUCCCAUGACUACAUUUUUUGGUGCGGGGACUUCAACUAUCGAAUAGAUUUGCCCAAUGAGGAGGUGAAGGACCUGAUCCGACAGCAGAACUGGGAUCCCCUCAUAGCAGGAGACCAGCUGAUCAACCAGAAAAACUCUGGCCAGAUUUUUCGGGGGUUUCUGGAGGGGAAGAUCAAUUUUGCCCCCACGUACAAGUACGACCUGUUCUCUGAUGACUAUGACACCAGUGAGAAGUGCCGCACGCCCGCCUGGACGGAUCGCAUCCUCUGGAGGAGGAGGAAGUGGCCCUUCGACCGAUCAGCUGAAGACCUGGAUCUCCUGAAUGCCAGUUUCCACAGUGACACUAAUGUCCCUUACACGUGGAAUCCUGGCACUUUGCUGCACUACGGGAGAGCAGAGCUGAAGACAUCUGAUCACAGGCCCGUGGUUGCACUGAUUGACAUUGACAUAUUUGAAAUUGAAGCAGAAGAGAGACAAAAAGUGUACAAGGAGGUGAUUGCAAUGCAAGGUCCCCCUGAUGGGACUGUGAUGGUCUCCAUCAGAAGUUCUUCAGCUGAAGAAAACUAUUUUGAUGAUAACUUGAUCGAUGAUCUUCUUCAAAAAUUCGCAAGCUAUGGCGAAGUUAUACUUAUAAGGUUUGUGGAAGACAAGAUGUGGGUAACAUUUUUGGAAGGAAGCUCUGCUCUGAAUGUUAUGAAUUUGAAUGGCACUGAGAUACAAGGAAGGAUUAUAAAUAUCAACUUGAAAAAUCCAGAUUGGAUCAGAAGUUUGGAAGAUGAAAUGAAUCUAGAAAAGAUUAAUAUUGGGCUGCCUUCAUCCACAAGCUCCACCUUGCUUUGUGAAGAUGCUGAGGUUACUGCAGACUAUGACAUGGAAGGAGACAUCGAUGACUACAGCGCUGAAGUGGAGGAAAUCCUUCCCCAGCACCUGCAGCCGACGUCGAGCUCCGGGCUGGGCACGUCCCCGAGCUCCUCCCCGCGCUCCAGCCCCUGCCAGUCCCCGACGCUGCCGGAGGGACCCGCGCUGCCAGCCAGACCCAGCCGGGCCCCAGGGAAGGCUCCUGGGCCCCCCGUGUGCCCACCAGCUGAAUUGCAGGCUGGUGCCCAGCAGAAGGAGGCUCCGCAGAGCCUGGAGCCCAAGCGCCCUCCGCCCCCUCGGCCCGUGGCGCCUCCUGCCCGUCCGGCUCCGCCGCAGCGCCCGCCCCCGCCCUCAGGCGGUAGGAGUCCUGCACCUGCUAGAAAAGAAUUUGGAGGUCUUGGAGCUCCUCCCAGUCCUGGGGUAGCUAGGAGAGAAGUAGAAGCACAAAAAAGCCCUGGAACACAGAGAAAGGAGAACUUAGUUCGGCAUCAGCCUCCUCCCUCGGCGGGUACCCCCAGACCGACCGUUCCUCCUCGAGCUGGAGUUAUCAGUGCCCCACAAAGCCAUGUCCGUGCCCCGGCGGCACGAGCGGCGCCCGAGGCUCAGCCCAAGGCAGCGGAACCGCCACGGGGCUCGCCCCUGCUUCCUGAGCCACUGAAGCCUCAGGCUGCUGGCCCUGCUGUGCUGAGGAUGCAGGAGCCCCUGAUCCCCACGGCACCCCAGCCCUCUCAGGCGGGCGCCCCGCAGAGCCUGGAGCCGCCGCAGCCGCCGCCUCGCAGCCGCUCCUCUCACAGUCUGCCUUCGGAACCGGCUCCCUGCCAGCAGCCGCAGAAUCCCAGCGGGACACACGGCACUAACCCUGAACCCCAGCUCAGCAGUGACCCUUUUGAAGACCUGUCAUUCCAGCUGCUCGUGUCCAAGAUGCAGACAUCUGUCCGAACAUCACCUGCUCCAACCUCAAACCACAAGGAGUCGAUAGAGCUGCCUUCAGCAAGGCAAAGAAAUGCGGAGAAUUUGAGUCCUGUAAAUUGCAUGUCAGCAACACCUCCUAUUCCAACCUUUCACUCAUCCCAGGAACAUCAGCACAGCUCUCCAAACCCAUUUAUUACUGGGCUGAACUGCUCAAACCCAUUCACUGAAAGAACUCCCAAUGCUGGGAACCCAUUUAGGAUGGAGACAGGGGAGUCCAGGAUCCCCUCACCGGUACUGGCAGGAGCUGCUGCUUCCCACCCGUUCCCUGUUCUGCCCCCGCCCAGCUGUGGCCCAGGCAAGCCCCUGUUUCCCGUGGGUGCAGCUGCAAACGCCUUCUGCCGGCGCGGCGGCUCUCUCAAGGUGGAGAAGGUGCAGCCCAGGGGCUGGGUGACGUUUGACGAGGACGAGAACGUCCCCACCAAGCUGAAGCCAUCCGCCAGCGUUGCAGAUUUCACACGGCUGGGCUCCGGGACACCGGCUGGGUGCCCGGCCCUGCUCCCCUCGGACUUUGCCCUGGGUGGUGACUGCGGCCCCAGCGCUGCUGCUUGCCUCUGCUCGCUGCCAGCCCGGAAGCCGCCUGCCCCCCCGGUGCCACCCGCAGCAGCCAGCAGCAGGGGCCCUGCCGGUCCCUCCCUGGCACCCAAGGGGCCACCAAGCCGCGGCUUCACGGAGAGAUAGCUGGGCGGAGGUGCAGGAGGGCGUGUUCGUUCCUACGUGUUAUCCAGUAGAAUAAUUGGGCAUUUGAGAUUAUUCUGUGUGCAAUAAUUAAUGGUUAAAUGCACUGAAAGUUAACUCUGCUCGUAAACAGCCACUUCAGCUCGUGUAUAAAUUCUGAAUGUGUAUAUAUGGUAGAGCACAACAAAUGGCCAGGAGUUUAUGAAGACCUCGGUGUAAUAGUAUUUGAAUAGACAGAGAGAGAAGGGUGAGCUACUGUCUCACUAAAACCUGUCAUUCCUGGACACAGAUUUUGCUUAGGGAGCUCUUUCAUUUCUGUUCUCCUUUGUGGAAUUUCACAAGAAGAGGCUCCCUGCUGGCAGCCUCCCCCCCUCCCUUUUGACUGUUUUGUUAGUUGAUAUUUAUAAGUAUUUACCAAAGAGCUGCCAAAGUUUAUGGAGAUUUGAAUGUUGACAAGUAUUGUUUAGAAGCUGUUUAAUUUAUAACAGAGGCUAUGGGUAUUUGUAAGGCUUAUAUUUGAAUUUGAGGCACAACAAAAAUAGUUUACUUUCAAAAUAGAAACAAAACUUUGCAUAUUAAUAUAUUCAAUUAAUCUCCUGUGUCAGUACAUUUCAGUUGUUAGAUCCUAUUGUGACAUACACUCACUAGCACUAAUUCAGAAUAAUUGUUCCAUAUCAUCCAUUUAUUCAUUACUCUUUUAACUAUACUUUUUUUUUUUCCACAAACUGGAAACAGCUGAUACAGCAGGCUUUUCCUCAACCUCUGGAAAAAAGCCCCCCUUGGCUUUUGAGAUACCAAGCAGUAUUUGCCAGGUGCAGGCCAUGUAGUCUCCCAGCCAGGGGGUGAGACAACACACUUAGAUUAUAUUUAGAGUAGUGCAAUAUCCCAGGGCAGCGCGCUUCGGAAAUGUUCAAACACUCUCACAACAUGAUCCAUGAAAUAAUCCAUGAAAUGAUCCAUGAAAUAAUCCACUAUCCCUUCAGACAGCCCCUGGUUAGGCACGAGCUGCAGCCGCCUAGAGGAGUGGUAGUGAGUUUCCUAUUGCGCUUUUUUCUGUUCAGGUCAUUCCAGGUGUACACUCGGAACAGCAGUGGUACUACUUGUGCUUCGGUGUGUGAGUUCCCUUGUUUCACGCUGUUGCUGCACACAUCCAUGUGGUUGGUGUUUUGGGAUAUCCUUACAUUAGCAAACCAAAUUCAGGGGGGAACUUUUGCUAGUGGGAGUCACGUGAUGAUAAAAUAUGUUGUCGAAUAUUUAAUUGCAGUGAUUAAAAACUAUCUGUCUGAACUGUA